AUGGUCUUUGCGCGCCGUUCAAUCUUCCGCGCUGCGAAUGUAGCUCAAUCCCUCCGAGCAGCCCCUGUUGCCCGUCGGUCUGCUCAGCUCCUCGGCCGCCGGUUCAAUUCCACUGGCGGUAGCUACGAGAAGAGCCACAGCUCCAGCGAUUUGCCAUGGCUAUUUGGCUCCGUUGCCAUCACUGGCCCAAUGGUCUUCUACUUGUGGCCCUCUAAGUCAGACUCUCACCAUGACGCCCACGGUGAUGCCCACGGUGAUUCCCACGAUGCCGAGCACGAAGAGAAGGAAGAUGAGAAGGUAGAGGAGGCCGAGGAGAAGCCUGCGGAGGACAGCGAGGCCCAAGAAUCUUCCGAGGAAACUCCAAAGAAGGAUGAUAAGAAGCAGGACGAGGAGAAGAAGGAGGAGAAGUCUAAGGAUGAUAAGAAGGAAGAAUCCAAGGAAGACAACAAGGAAAACAACAAGGAAGAGAACAAGGAAGACAACAAGGAAGAGAACAAGGAAGACAACAAGGAAGAGCCUAAGGAGGAGAAGAAGGAGAAGUCUAAGGAUGAUAAGAAGGAAGAAUCCAAGGAAGACAACAAGGAGGAGAAGAAGAAGAAGGAAGACAAGCAGGAUGACUCCAAAACGGAGGAGAAGGAAUCGAAGAAUGAGUCCAAGAAUGAGGAAUCAAAGGAGCCCAAGGAGGGUGAAUCUAAGGAAGAGCCCAAGAAGGAUGAUUCCAAGGAAGAGUCCAAGGAGUAA